AUGGAAAAACAAAAGGAGGAGGGAAUCUCCCUUGCAGACCUCAAUGCGGUUGCGGUGGUGGUCGGGCUGGAUCGUCACUUCAACACACUGAAGCUCGCGUACGCAGGGAUGAUCCUGCACGGCCCACCACGCGCGGGAUGGGGGGAAGAAGAAGAAAAGGGUAAAAGAAAAGCCCCCUCUUCCCCUCUUCCGUUGUUCAUCGCGACAAACGAGGAUCCGCAGAUCCCGAUUGGCGCGGAGAACAUCCUCGUGCCCGGUGCUGGCUGCAUGGUGCGCGCGGUUGCGACGGUAUCCGGCCGCGAGCCCGAUGCCGUCUGCGGGAAGCCGAAGGUCGACAUGGCGACGAUCCUCUUCGCGGAGGAGGGCAUCGCGGACGCGCGGGCGUCGUGUUUGAUGGUGGGGGAUCGCCUGAUCACCGAUAUCGCCUUCGGCAACGCGGCGGGCUGCCAGACGAUGCUCGUGCUGAGCGGCAUCGAGGGGAUGCAGGAUAUUGAGAGGGCGAAGAGGGAACGGCGAAGUGAGUUGCUUCCCGAUUACGUGGCGGACUCGCUUGCGUGUUUUAUUCCGUAA